UAAUAUCUGCUAGAAUAUUUCUGAACCAAUUAAUUGGCUAAACUCAGUUUGUUUUACAGUGUGGACGCCUCUAGCUGUUUUCCAUUGCUGCUCCUCUUUUUGUCAACCAAACCACACCUUCCUGUUUCUCAUUUCCUUGCUGUUCACCAUUUUGAAUGUCAAACUUUGAAGAAUCAACUUGACUUUUGUGAAACGGCUUUGAGACAAUUUUUCUCUUCUUCAUCUGAAGCCUGAAGCCAUAAUUUCAUUCAUUCUAGUCUCUGUUCUUGGUCAUGGAUGACUUUGUUCGUGACACACUGGCCCAGGCUGGUCUGAGCGACUUGAUUGAAAUAUUUAAAGAUGAAGGGAUUGAUACAGAAACUUUUUAUAUGCUUCAGGAUGCAGACAUCGAAAAGUUGAUUCCAAAAAUGGGACCAAAGUUAAAAUUCAAAAAUUUACUCAAACGGUUAAAGGCAGAACAAACCCCAAAUCAUUUUCCAACACAUGGUCACCAGAAAGGUGAAGAAGAAACUGGUAUGACUGAGGUUUUACCUUCUACAAGUGGCACAGAACAAGGAAAACGAAAAUCUGGCCAACAGUUGGGCAACAAAGGACAACCAUCAGCAAAAAGGAAGUGUGAGACAAAUUCGUCAACAGAAAGAGAAGCAAAGAUAUUAAGUGAAGUGAGAAACAUUAUGGGGGACAUCUCUGCCAAGUUACAAGAUGACAGUGAUCUCAAUAAGUUCUUGAAGAAUGAAAUCACUAAACUGAGCAUAGACAAGAGGGAGAUGGUUGGUGUCUUUGGUAAAACUGGAGCUGGAAAGAGUUCUUUGAUUAAUGCUGUUAUUGGUCAAGCAAACCUUCUGCCCAUUGGAGAUCUCAACGCUUGUACCUCAGUCAUGAUUAAAGUCGAAGCAAACAUGGAAGACAAAUAUGAGGCAGAGAUUGAGUUUAUCACUAAAGAGGAAUGGCAAGAUGAGGUGUGGUCAAUGUGUCAAUAUCUUUGUGAUCAUAUGGAUCAAGAAAACGAUGAUGAAGAUGGUUGUCAAGAUGAUAGUGAUGAUAAUGAAGAUGAUGAUUAUGAAAACAAGUUGUCAGCACUUUAUGGGAAGGACAGGAAACAAACAAAACCAGAUGAAUUUAUGGAUCCCAAAAACUUCAGAGAGAUCCCAGAGUUUCUUCAAUCCAAAACAAAAACCUUGACCUUUCACUCAGCUGAAAUGCUCUCUGAAGGAAUUGCCAAGUACACAAAAAAUGAUCCAAACCAAGGAGAAGGCAAAAAGCUUAAGAGGUUGUAUUGGCCUCUGGUGAAGUGUGUGACUGUCAAAGUGCCAAACAUUCCUCUUCUUCAGCAUGUUACUCUGGUGGACCUUCCUGGAAAUGGAGACCGUAACAAGAGCAGAGAUCAAAUGUGGAAGGAGAUUGUUGGAAAAUGUUCCACCGUUUGGAUUGUGGCUUUCAUCACCCGAUCAGCAUCGGAAAUAGAAAGCUGGCAGAUUCUGAAAAGUACUGCUAGUCUCAUGGGAAACGGUGGCGAGUGCCAGAACAUUCACUUUAUCUGCACCAAGUCUGACGUUUUUGAAGAUUUUCAACAACACACAGCAGAGGACCGUCUGAACCUCAUACUUGACAGAAACAUGAAGACCAAGGAAGCAGUCAAAGAGGAAUUCAAAAAGCUACACAAUGUGAAGAAACACUUCAGUGAAGAUAAUUUUGAAGUGUUCACAGUGAGCUCUAAGGAGUUUCUGGUAGGAGAACUGAAAGAACACUCUGAAAUACCCAAGCUUCAGAAAGUUUUGCAAGAUCUGAAUGACUGUCACUCAGAGACAUUAAACUAUGUUUCUGGAGCUCAUGGGAUCCUCUCUUUGAUUCAUGGGGCCAGCAAAAGAAAAGAGGAUGACAGAAUCAAGGAAGUGUGUGAAGCCCUUGAGGAAAAUCUAACCUCCCUUCAAACUGAGUCAAUUAAUGAAAUGAAAAAGAUUUACAAAGCUUUUGAUGCACUCCUUCAAAAGGGAGUUGAGGAAUCCAAAAACUCAUGUGAAGUCAACUUGAUGUCCACCUUGCAUCCACAGGAAAAGACUGGUCGGGGAUUUUGUAAGCAACUGAAAAAAGCUGUAGAAAGUGAAGGAGUCUGGGUACCUAAAAAAGGAAGAGAAAUAAACAUAAACGUGACAUUGGCUUUCCCUCUGAUUGACAGCAUUGACAAGGAAUUCAGAAAAACCUUUCCGUUUCCAGAAGCAGCAGCAUGUACAGGACGUGGCACACUGCAGAACAUGCGGGAAACUAUAGAGAAGCACGUAGAUAGAUCAAAGAACACCAUGUUUGAAGAGGCUAAAAAGGUCAUGAUGAACCACCUGGACAACUUGAUGGUGGACGUCCUGAAAACGCUGGAGGACACCAUGAGGGAAUCGAUUGAGCUCUCACUCGAGACUGAUGAUCUUUCACUUCCAGAUGUUUCAGCACAGCUGGAGAGGGUCCAAAAACUACAUGCUGAGCUGAACAGCUGCUAAAACAGGGAACAUAUUUGAGAUGUUCUCAUUGGAGGGAUUUAUCAUCAUAACGGAUGCUAAUUUAAGCUUUCAUUGCAACUUCUUUCAUUUUUUUUUUUCUCUUGGCGGUCUAUAUGCAACAAUUUUCAUUUUGUUUAUUAGAGCCUGAAUAUUUAAAACUUAGUGAAAUUAAAAUUGCAAAUAAAAGCAUCUUUACUUAGAACAGUAAGAAUUGGAGGAAAAUAUAUAGCGGACAUUUCCAUUUUUAAAUGUACAUUCUUUGCCUUUAAUUAUAUGUGAUAAAAUGUUAAUUUUUAGCUUGUUUAUUA